AUGAUGUCUUAUCUAAAGCAACCGCCUUACGCAGUCAAUGGGCUGAGUCUGACCACUUCGGGUAUGGACUUGCUACAUCCCUCCGUGGGCUACCCGGGGCCCUGGGCUUCUUGUCCUGCAGCCACCCCCCGGAAACAGCGGCGGGAGAGGACAACAUUCACGAGGGCACAGCUCGACGUUCUGGAAGCUCUGUUUGCCAAGACCCGGUACCCAGACAUCUUCAUGCGGGAGGAGGUGGCGCUGAAAAUCAACUUGCCAGAGUCCAGGGUGCAGGUAUGGUUUAAGAAUCGAAGAGCUAAGUGCCGCCAGCAGCAGCAACAACAACAGAAUGGAGGUCAGAACAAAGUGAGACCUGCCAAAAAGAAGACCUCUCCAGCUCGGGAAGUGAGUUCAGAGAGUGGAACAAGUGGCCAGUUCACCCCUCCCUCUAGUACCUCAGUCCCAACCAUUGCCAGCAGCAGCGCUCCGGUGUCUAUCUGGAGUCCAGCUUCUAUCUCCCCACUGUCCGACCCCCUGUCCACCUCCUCCUCCUGCAUGCAGAGGUCCUAUCCCAUGACCUAUACUCAGGCUUCAGGUUAUAGUCAAGGCUAUGCUGGCUCAACUUCCUACUUUGGGGGCAUGGACUGUGGAUCUUAUUUGACCCCUAUGCAUCACCAGCUCCCGGGACCUGGGGCCACACUCAGUCCCAUGGGUACCAAUGCUGUUACCAGCCAUCUCAAUCAGUCCCCAGCUUCUCUUUCCUCCCAGGGAUAUGGGGCUUCAAGCUUGGGUUUUAACUCGACUACUGAUUGCUUGGAUUAUAAGGACCAAACGGCCUCUUGGAAGCUUAACUUCAAUGCUGACUGCUUGGAUUAUAAAGAUCAGACAUCCUCAUGGAAAUUCCAGGUUUUGUGA